CUUUUAAACAAACAUUGUUAUCAUAUGCUGCCUCAUGUCCUCCAAUAACUUUCGCUUUCGUUCUCUGAAGUGGAAAACCAGUCGGUCGGGUUGAGUCGUGCAGUACAGAGGUCGACAGCUCACACUUCACAGCUCUCUUCUCGCCCAAGUUUGGUUUCAGUUGCUGUUUGGAGAUUCUCUCGCAGUCAUGUCACAGGAACCAGAGCCAAUGGAAACUGACUCUUUACCAACUGAUGGGCAGGUGAGUAACCCUGAUGAUGUACCACAAACACCGGACACUUCACAGGCCUCAUCAUCGAAUGAUUCAACAAGCCUGCAAACUUCAACAAUGCAGAGCAGUCAGCUUACUAGUCAUGCUUCCACUGACAAUGUAAUCACUGCACAGCCUCCCAGCCUUAAUGGACACGAUUUUCUCAGAACUGGACAUGAUCAUAAGUUCACACUUUCAUCAAACAGAGAUGAUGAGCAAAAGCAGGUUUAUACUGGUCAAGCCUCACAUACAGGAGGCGCUACAGGUCAAUACUCUAGAUCAACUCAGGAUGACACAAUGCGCCAACGCUUCUCAAAGGAACGGCAAUACUCACUGCCUGAUGAGGACUCACUUACAGGAGGCGCUACAGGUCAAGAUUCUAGAUCAACUCAGGAUGACACAAUGCGCCGAUGCUUCUCAAUGGAACGGCAAUACUCUCUGCCUGACAAGUUCACAGUUUAUUCAAGCAGUUAUGAUCAGAAAAUACGGGGUCCUGAUGAUCAGGACUCGCAUGUAGGAGGCACUGAAGGUCAUGGCUCUAGAUCACAUCAGGAUGACAAGCAUCUAGACUUCACAAAGGAUCGAGCACACAAAUCAAACUCAAAGCCACCUCUGAAUGACACGAUGCCUCAAAACCUCGCAAAAGGACGGCAAAACUCACAGUCAGAAGAGGACACUGAUGCAUCCGGUGUUGAAAUGCCACAACCUUCAGCACCACAGGAUACUGCUACAUUUAUAAUCAAAGUGGACUGGAGAGAACCAUUUCCAGACAGAUGGAGAGCAACAUUAGAGAAAGCCCUUCAGAGCUGUUUGUCCAGCUUGGAAGGAAAACCAUCUGUCCUCAGCCUUGAACUCAUGGAUGAUCAGUCCUGUGCAGAGGUGGAGAUAACUCCAUCAAGAGCUUUAGAAGUGUUAAAAAAGCACACUUCUAUAUCUUUGAAGUUUAAAGACAAGGAUAAGUCUGUGGCUGCACAGAUUUGUCCUUAUGAAGCACGUUUUGUGACUGCUCUACAAAAGUCCAGGCUAAAGGAUAAUGGAGCUCCGUCACCAAAGACUGCAGCAUCAGAAGACACUAAUAAUGUUGAGGAUGUUGCUGCAUCUAAUAGAGCUCCAAAUGAAGCUGAGGCCACUAACACUGCUGGAAUUACACAUGAGACACCAGCUGUAUUCCCUCUCCCUCUCUCUCUGUCCUGGUACAUGCAACACACUUUUGGAAAGGAGCUGAAGCAAAUUGAGCAACAGUACGGAGUCAAAAUUUGUGCAGAAGUGUCAGUCUCAGUCAAUUCUACUGAGAGAUCAAGGCCUGAUUCUGUGUCUAAAGCCUCUGCAGACUUUCAGACUCUUGUUCAGGGAUGUGUGGAUAGUUUUAGUGAUGCUGCCAUUAAUCAUAAUCACAUGGAUUCAGAUGGUGUGAAGCUGGCCCUUCGUCACAUCCAGUCAGAGGAGUCAAGGAUGAUGUUCACCAUGUCUGCCAGUAACUGCAUGUUCUUUGGACCGAAGAAAUUUACAGAUGUAAUUAAAAGAGGAGUAGAAGAAACAAGAGUGGAAAGCCAAUUCAAUGACAAGUCAAGUCAAAUGGAUGUAGACAACAACUUUUCUCCACAAAUCAGGGCUUCAUUGGACAUGGACAUAAGGGAUCUUCCUACUCAUCUUGAGAUGGACAAGGUUUAUUGGGAUCUGAUGAAACUUUCCUAUGAGAAUCAAUUAUCACAGCUUGAAACAAAGUAUGGAGUGACAUUUAAUGCAGAAAAACAGCAGAAAAAUGUAACCAUUAAAGUUCAAGCUCGAUCCAAUGGAGUUCAACGUAUUAAUCUUGAAAGGCAUGCCAUCAGAGCUUUAACACAACUCUACCAGAAACUCGCAUCAGCCGCUGUCACCUGUGAACUCAAAAACCCUAAAGACAAAACUCUUGUGGCAUCAGCAGUAGAAAAGCUUCAGCAGGAGCAUCAUUGUGUUGUUGUUGCAGCAGAUGUAUUGAGUCGCUGGAGACUCGUUGGACUGCCAGAGCACCUCGGUCCUGCCAUUGCUGAAAUUGAGAAGAUUCUCAAGAUGAGUGUGUUUGAUGACAAGAUGAAGAAAUCGAUUGGUUACUCAGGGGACAUUCCUCACGCAAGAGGAAUCAAAUGGAAUCAGACGCCUAAUUAUGGAUCAGGAGCAGUGGGAGGAUCAGUGCAGGAUGAGGGAGUGAAUCUUAGAAGACAAAGUGAAGCAGAUACUGGAUUCAAUGAAGAUUCAAAACACAGUUCUGGACAUGAGAGUAAAGAUGCUCAUGCUGAAGAGGAGAAAUGUGCUAUUUGUAUGGACAGCUUCACCGACAAGAAAAAACUGAAAUGCGGACAUGAAUUCUGUCGGGAAUGUAUAAGAAUGUCAGAGAAGAGUCUGGGAUCCAUCUGUCCUGUGUGUAAGGAAGUGUAUGGGAUAUUGGAGGGAAACCAACCGUAUGGAACAAUGAAGGUAACACAGAGCAGUUGGAGUCUCCCUGGAUAUUCACAUUGUGGAACUAUUGAAAUCACCUACAGCAUUCCUAGUGGUUAUCAAACGGAGAAGCAUCCAAACCCAGGAAAAUAUUAUAAUGGAACAAAUCGUCAAGCGUACUUGCCAGACAAUCGUGAAGGAAAUGAAGUGCUCACACUGCUGCAGAGGGCUUUUCAACAGAAACUGAUCUUUACUGUCGGGAAAUCAACAACUUCCGGCAUGGAUAAUGUGGUCACCUGGAAUGAUAUUCAUCAUAAGACCAGUAGAUCUGGUGGACCUCAAAGUUACGGCUAUCCAGACCCUGACUACCUGAAGAGAGUGAAAGAUGAGUUAAAGGCCAAAGGCAUUGAAUGAGGAUUUGAUUUGUAUGUUCUCAAAUGAACAUCUAAGCCUAAUAUUUACAAAUAAACCAUUUAAUGAUUGUUAGAUUUUAUUAUACAUAUUUUAUAAAUAAUGCUUACAUUCACAAGUAUUCAGACCCUUGAGCAGUUUACUAAAAACAAUCUAUAUAUUGAACUUUUUGUGUGUGAAACUCCAUUCUUGAUAGUUUUACUCUCAAAAAUAAUUAUUUUAAACUGAUAUUGGUUUUAACAAAUUAAAAACCUGGAAAGCAACACUGACAUGGCUCAACCAAAAGGUGAAUAUCCCACCCAGUCAUAUACUACCCAGCAGCCCAGUCAAGGUCCUGAUCAGAGUCCUGUUGACAAUAUGUGGUGCUGUUUUAAAAGUGUAGUUGACUACAACCAACCUGAAAGUCCUCGAACAAAUCUGUUGAGAUAUAUAAAUUACUCCGUCAUUGUGCAAUGCUGAUAGAUACUUGCCAAAACAUCUUAAAGAUUUUAGUAUCGCAAAAGGGGGCUAGAAAUAAUAUUAAUUUGAAGGGUUUAAAUACUUAUGCAAGUAGAAUAUUUCAGUUUUUCAUUUUCUUUUGAAUAUCUACUCAGAAACACCUAAUAUUGGCUUUACUUAGAGCAGAUGAAUAUGCAAUAAAAAUUAUUGGUAAAAUGUGUAUGUCAAUUUAUAAUAAAAUAACAUUUUCAGUGGGUCUAAAUAAUUUUCCCAUGCACUUUAUACAUGUAUGUAUGCUUUUAAUUAUUUUAAGGUGAUGGGCUUUCAUGAUGUUUAAUUGUAAUAAGAUGUUUUAGCCUCGAGUUUUCUUAUGAUUUUCAUGCUGAACAGUCAAGUAAGUGUAUAAAGUACAUUUGAAGGCACCUGUGUUUUUGUCAUGAUCAUGUGUAGUGCUUUUUUAAACAUGGGACUAUUGAAAGCCUUAUAUUAAUGUGAUUACAAUUAGUAAAUUCAUAAAUUAUAAAUAGUACAAAUCAGUGAAGAUUUGAUUAAUGUAAUAAGUUGGUUCAGCUUGAUGUUUCAUCUUGUCUUUUGUAAGCUGCCUCUGAAAUGUCAUAUUGCUUUUCCUUUUAAAAUGUUUGCUUUUUCCCAGUAAAUCUCUCCAUAUUUUAGCUCUUGAUUUCAGAAAGAAAAAGACAAUCUCAGAUCACAUUCUAAUGAUGCAUCUUGAUUUUUGUUCAGUCGUGAUGAAAAUGUCAACUUUUAUAGAACAAAUUAUUUCUAGUUCUAACUUUUGGAUUUUUUUUUUUGUAAGACAUAUUGUAAACAUAUUGUCACAAAUAAAAAACAAUCAUAAUUUUCAUAUAAGUUCACAA